CUGCACACUCUUAUCACAGGUUUCGGCUUUGUAAAUUAAUUCAUCUGCAAAUAGUGCCUUGUCUCCAGAUGCAACUUCAGGGCUGGAGCGCUGGGUUCUUAAGGAUUUAAGUUUAAAGUCAAAGGCUUCCUGCACUAGGUGUAACAAAUAAGUAGGGUCAUUUUUCUUUUUCUUUUUUUUUUUUUUUUUUGCUCUGAGUUUGUCCAUCCAAUCAUAUCCCAGUAUGCAAAUAAACUUUAGCCCGUGCAGAUAAAAAGGAACAAAUAAAGCCGAGUGCUCUAUCAGAACCAAAUUGCCUGUCACCUGUGUUCCAGGAGCUGCACCAGCAAUGUCGUCCUCAGGCAUGCCAGACUUACCUGCUCCACUCGCCAAUUUGAAGAUUCAGUAUACUAAGAUCUUCAUAAACAAUGAAUGGCAUGAUUCAGCAAGUGGCAAGAAAUUUCCUGUCUUUAAUCCUGCAACUGAGGAGAUUAUCUGCCAUGUAGAAGAAGGAGAUAAGGAGGAUGUCGACAAAGCAGUGAAGGCCGCAAGACAGGCUUUCCAGAUCGGCUCCCCAUGGCGCACUAUGGACGCUUCCGAGAGGGGGCGACUGUUGUACAAAUUGGCUGAUUUGAUCGAGAGAGACCGUCUGCUGCUGGCGACAAUGGAAGCAAUGAAUGGUGGAAAACUAUUCUCCAAUGCAUAUCUGAUGGAUUUAGGAGGCUGCAUAAAGACAUUACGCUACUGUGCAGGCUGGGCUGACAAGGUCCAGGGCCGCACAAUCCCAGCAGAUGGAAACUUUUUUACUUACACAAGACAUGAACCUGUUGGUGUAUGUGGACAAAUCAUUCCUUGGAAUUUCCCGUUGGUCAUGCUUGUUUGGAAGAUAGCUCCUGCCCUGAGCUGCGGAAACACAGUAGUUGUCAAACCAGCAGAGCAAACUCCUCUCACUGCACUCCACGUGGCAUCUUUAAUAAAAGAGGCAGGGUUUCCUCCUGGAGUCGUGAAUAUUGUCCCUGGCUACGGGCCGACUGCAGGAGCAGCCAUUUCCUCUCACAUGGAUAUAGACAAAGUGGCCUUCACAGGAUCAACAGAGGUUGGCAAAAUGAUCAAGGAAGCUGCUGGGAAAAGCAAUCUGAAGAGGGUGACCCUGGAGCUUGGGGGCAAGAGCCCGUGCAUUGUGUUUGCUGAUGCCGACCUGGACAAUGCCGUUGAAUCUGCACACCAAGGUUUGUUCUACCACCAGGGCCAAUGUUGUGUUGCUGCAUCCAGGCUUUUUGUGGAAGAAUCAAUUUAUGAUGAGUUUGUAAAAAGGAGCGUAGAGAGGGCUAAGAAGUACGUUCUCGGAAAUCCUCUGACUCCAGGAGUAAAUCAAGGCCCUCAGAUUGACAAGGAACAAUAUGAUAAAAUUCUUGAUCUCAUUGAGAGUGGGAAGAAAGAAGGGGCCAAACUGGAAUGUGGCGGAGGCCCCUGGGGGAGUAAAGGCUACUUUAUCCAGCCCACGGUUUUCUCUAAUGUUACAGAUGAGAUGCGCAUCGCCAAAGAGGAGAUAUUUGGACCAGUGCAGCAAAUCAUGAAGUUUAAAUCUUUAGAUGAUGUGAUCAAGAGAGCAAACAAUACUCACUAUGGAUUAUCAGCAGGAAUCUUUACGAAAGAUCUUGAUAAAGCUGUAACAGUCUCCUCGGCUCUGCAGGCAGGGACAGUGUGGGUGAAUUGCUAUAGUAUGGUGUCUGCCCAGUGCCCCUUUGGUGGAUUCAAGAUGUCUGGAAAUGGACGAGAACUGGGAGAAUAUGGUCUCCAUGAAUAUACUGAGGUCAAGACAGUCACAAUGAAAAUCUCUCAGAAGAACUCAUAAAAACUACAAGAAUAGAAAGAAAUUCUUCAGUGGCUAAGCAUCUCCUAUUGUCACUAGAGAGUGGGUUUUCAGUAUAAAAUUUUUCUUUUCUUCAUUUUUUUUAAAAAAGCAAGCUUAAUCAUAUUAGUGUUAAUCCUAUCCAUAGAAAACUUGACAUGAAGCUUAUUCUGAAUCGUUUGCCUUCUGAUAUGUGACCCCAAGUCCUAUCCUAAAUAACAAAGAGAGAUUUAGAUGCAAGAUCUCAAGCUCUGGAUCAGUCAUGUGCUUUUCUUUGUAGCUAUUUGUCCAGAUUAAUCACUUCAUAGAAGUGACCAGUUGUCAUUUAGCUUCUUUCCCUUAAUGACUACUUGAAGUCCUUAACAUACAUGUUAACUGCAGCGUAAGCUGCUCUGUUCCUUAGUUAGGAAGUCCCUGCAGUGUCUUGAAAUGUUUCCUAGAAUACCCUGUCUGCUUGUCACAUGAAGUAAUGCCUGAAAUACUUAGCUGUAAGCUGAAUAUGAAGCUUAAUAAAAACAACCUUGCAUGCUGCU